CGGCGAAAUAGAUACAAGAAGACGCCAUGUGCUCUAAGGUCCUACUCGUAUCCUUCUGCCUUGUGGCUUUGGCCAUGGGACGCCCUGAUGGUUCCCAUGCUCCUGCAGGAUACGGCUACGAAGCCCCUAGACAUCAGCCGAGCUACGAGGAUGGGAGGCCAUUCGACUACUCCUACGUCGUUCAAGGACGCCUACCAAAACCUCGACUUCGGUCACAAGUCCACCUCCGACGGGAAGGUGGUGACCGGCGACUACCACGUCCUCCUCCCCGACGGUCGCAAUCAGACCGUCGUUUACACCGCCGACGGCUACAACGGCUACCAGGCUCAGGUCGCUUACCAUGGAGUAGCCAAUUACCCUGA